GUUUUGAGUCCGACCAUCAUUAUUAUCCUCGCUUGGCUACCCUGGUGCUACGCCAGUCCUGCAGGCCCUGACAAGCUUGACAUAGCACUUUUACUACUGCCGCAAGUCUCGCCACUGAAAUUUGGUCCACAUAGUUAAUCCCAUACAAUCAUUCAUAAACACGGUUUAUCAAUUUGGCUAACUUACCAGGACCCUUCAGGGGAGGCUAUGCAGCCACGGGUCAUAAUGCUUGGCUUGUGAACGGCCCCAGGCUACUUAUCCAUGUGCCGUACGGACGGCGCCUAUAUUGAUCCAUUUGGUCGUCUCUCCUUCGGCGGAGUGACAAUUCAUCCUUCUCUUUCUCUCGUGUUUAUCCUUUUCUUUUAAUCUGCGGUAACCUCUCGUUUGUUUCAUCGUCUGAUUAGUGACGAUGCGCAUCUCUGUGGAAGACCCUCUUACACUUGCCAUCGCACCUCCCAAAGAUGAAACACCCGAAGAGAAAGAAACACGCGAGCAGGCUGAGAUCGAAGCUCGUCGAAUAAGUGAGGCUAUCGACGAGCAAAUCCGUCAAGAAAGAACCGCACUCAAGAAGAAGAAGAAAUCUGUCAAAGUACUUCUCCUCGGACAGAGCGAGAGCGGAAAAUCCGCUACACUCAAAAACUUCCAAUUGCAACAUGCACGACGCGAGUGGGCGGAGGAGCGAGCCUCAUGGCGGACGGUCAUUUAUUUAAAUCUCAUUCGCAACAUUAUAAAGGUCCUGGAUAUCCUCGGUCGAGAGAUGGCCCUAGUCGAGGGCGAAAAGCGCCCUGGGUCUACAUCCAUGGAUUAUCUUAGCGAUUCUGACGACGAAACAGUCGUUCGCGGGUUUGCUUAUCGUUUCUUGGACAAGCACCGUUUCAUGCAACGGCGUCUCGGCCCUUUGCGCAGCAUUCAGACUGACCUCGAGAACAAGCUCGGUCCUGAAUCGCAAGAAGUUCGAUCAACAACUUCCAUAUCCGCCACACCAUUUGAUUCUGCAGGCUCUCAACCACUACCUAAACGCCCCUCGCGAGACUUCGGCAUCAAUUCAACCAAUGGAUGGAAAUCCGCCUUGGAAAAGCUACGCCCGUCGAUGAUGGCCAGUCCCCGUCUUCAAAAACGGAAUGAUAAUGAUCACAAUGAGAUUACUGAUGUGCUCGUUGCGUGCAAGGAAACCAUGCUAAACUUGUGGCAAGAUCCUGUUGUCCAGCAAGUUUUAUCUCAUCGCAAGACAAAGAUUGAAGACUCUCCGGGCUUCUUUAUGAACGACAUUGAUCGUAUCGUGUCGUAUGACUAUGAACCCAGCGACAACGACAUUGUUCGUGCGCGUCUACGAACGGUUGGCGUUCAAGAACACAAAGUUGUGAUGGACGAAAGUAACGGUAAAGAGUGGUUAUUGUACGAUGUUGGCGGAACGAGGUCCUCGCGUGUAGCAUGGGCGUCGUAUUUCGACGACGUCGAUGCCAUCAUUUUUCUUUGUCCGAUCUCUUGCUUUGACGAGCAGCUCCGUGAAGAUCGUCGCAUAAACCGCCUGGAAGAUAGCUAUCUCCUAUGGAAAUCAGUCUGCUCGUCUCGUAUUCUAUCCAAGACCGAGAUCAUUCUCUUUCUUAACAAGUGCGACCUCUUGAACAAUAAGAUCAAGCGAGGGUUGUGUAUAAAGGAUCAUAUCCCGAGUUACGGCAGUCGGAAAAACGACACCAUCACAGUGAUGAGAUACUUCCAACAACAUUUCAAGGAAAUUUCUAAACAAUAUUCCCCGGAGCCACGGCCGUUCUUCAUUCAUUUCACAUCGGUAAUUGAUACCAAGGCAACCGCAGCCACGCUGAGCGUAGUCGAAGAAAGUAUCCUUCGUACUCAUUUACGGAAUGCGGAUCUUCUGUAAUAUCGCCGUGUUAUUUUAUCACAAACCUUACUAUACUCCCCUACUCAUCGCUGUCGAUGUUUUCUACACGUGUUGUACCACCACUUUACUAAUAUGUCUGUACCCAAUGUCGAUAUUAUCCUUGCAACGACCCCACCCACUCUGGUAAUAAUUAAAGGG